AUGCCACACAAUAAGUAUCAAAUACUUAUGAAACAUUUAUAUUUUUCGGGCAAUAAUGAACAAGCUGCAGAUUGUGUAAAAUAAAAAAAAUUACAGACACUAUUAGACGUAAUUUCAAAAAUAACUUUUAUCCUUUUAUCCUUUUCAAAUUGUGCAUCGAUGAAAGUAUUUUAUUCUUCAAAGGGAGACUACUCUUCAAGCAGUACAUUCCGACGAAAAGAAACCACUUUGGAAUUAAGUUUUUUGUUUUGUGUAAUUGCAAAAGUGGAACUUUUUUUCCAUCUCGUCGAUUUAUGCAUCCUAAAUGCAUACUUUGCAUUCCGAGAGAAAAUGGGGAAGCAAACCACACUUGGUGAUUUUCAGCUGGCAGUGAUUCGACAGAUAAUUCAAAUGCAUUGUAAAAACGUUCCAAAAAAAUACAAGAAAACGCAAGAGUGGCGAUUUGCCUUUUCGCUUAGAAGGGCAAAACAGCCAUUUCUUGACUGA